AUGGAUUUCAAGAGAAAGUCGAGCCCUACACAAACGUUGGUCGAUUCUGAUGACGACGAGCCUAUUGGGGUGCUCUUAAAGAAAAAAAGCACAAAAAUUUUCAAAAAAGCCAAGCUGAUUGAAGAUGGUGGUGAAAGCCUGGCCAAAGGGCUCGAGAAGAUGACCCCUGAGAAGGAUGAACAUGCUGGCAUGGAUGACACGCUAGCAAUUUUUAGGCAAAAAUUAAGGGGACCCAAAAACAAAGUUGGGUGCGAUAUAGCUGUUGGGAAAAAAAUGAGCAUCAACGGGAUGGAGGCACCAUGCCAGUUUAUUGAUGAGCCAAUUGGGAAGGAUACCCAAUUGUUGGAUGAUGGGCCGAAGAAGAAUUCAAGUGCUGGCUCAGAGUCUCCUGUUCGGAUAUCCAAGUCCGAUAGUUCAUCUAAAGAUGCCAAAACCGAGGAUUCUACUUUGCCUACUGCGGGUGAAAUGUCUCCUUCCAGUUUGCGAACGUGUCCCGUGGACAUCAGUCUUGAGAUGGACAUGGAUUUAGAUCUUUCCACUAGAAUACAGAUUCAACGUCCAUCUAGAGACCAUGCUGGAAAUGGAAAAGCAGCAGCUGUAGCGGCUGGGCUGAAAGCUCGUGCAGCUGGGCCCCUAGAGAAAAUAAAAUUUAAGGAAGUCUUGAAGCACAAAGGUGGACUUCAAGAAUAUUUGGAGUGCAGGAACCAUAUUUUGAGUGUAUGGAACAAAGAUGUCAACCGCAUUUUACUACUGGAGGACUUUGGUGUGUCGGAGGCUCCAUUGGCGGGUGAAAGCAAACGUGAUUCUCUGAUUAGAGAUAUCUUCACCUUCCUCGAUCAAUGUGGCUGUAUAAAUUUUGGAGUGCUUUCUGGAAGGGAGAAUAUGGAUAGCUGCCUCAAGCCUGAUGCAGAACUUCCAACAGAGGAGCGACACAGAAUCAACUCUGCUGGUACAGAGGAUUUGAAUACAAUUCCUCCCAGUAAAGAUGAGAACCACAAAACUACUACUGAUGCACAGCCAGAUUUACUCAGCCCCGAGCAAGCAGUGCGUGGUAGAUUGUCAGACUCCAUGGAUGAACCAUUUAGUCAUGCACAGUAUGACUCUAAACCAAAAAGGAAUAUAAUUGUUAUAGGGGCAGGUCCUGCUGGCUUAACUGCAGCACGGCACUUGCAACGCCAAGGUUUCAGUGUUACGGUGCUCGAGGCUAGAAGCAGAGUAGGAGGCCGCGUUUUUACGGACCGUUCGUCUUUGAGUGUCCCUGUAGAUCUUGGAGCCAGCAUCAUUACAGGUGUGGAGGCUGAUGUGGCUACCGAAAGAAGACCUGAUCCUUCAUCGCUGAUCUGUGCUCAGUUGGGCCUUGAGUUGACUGUGUUAAACAGCGAAUGUCCGUUAUAUGAUACUGUGACAGGAGAGAAAGUUCCUGCAGAUCUGGAUGAAGAACUGGAAGCAGAAUAUAAUGGACUACUUGAUGACAUGGAAAUCCUGGUUGCUGAGAAGGGGGACCAUGCGAUGAAGAUGUCUUUAGAGGAAGGCUUAGAAUGUGGGCUCAAAAGACGUCGUAUGGCCCAAUCUGAUCGAGAUGAUAUGAAAACUAUACCUGUUAAAUCUCGAGAAGCUUCUGGUUUGAGUCCUCUUGAGAGGAGAGUCAUGGAUUGGCAUUUUGCUCACUUGGAGUAUGGUUGUGCUGCUUUGCUUCAAGAAGUUUCACUUCCAAACUGGAAUCAGGAUGAUGUCUAUGGAGGAUUUGGUGGCGCCCAUUGUAUGAUUAAAGGGGGAUACAGUGCUGUUGUUGAAUCUCUUGCUGAAGGAAUUUGCAUUCACUUGGACCAUGUUGUCACAGACAUUACAUAUCACACAAGGGACUGUGAUGCAGAUGAUAAGUUGCAUAGGAAGGUUAAAGUUUCAACUUCAAAUGGCAAGGAGUUUUCGGGGGAUGCAGUCUUGGUGACAGUGUCACUUGGGUGUUUGAAAGCCGAGAAUAUUAAAUUUUCACCCCCAUUGCCUCAAUGGAAGCACUUAUCCAUCAAAAGGCUUGGGUUUGGCGUUCUAAACAAGGUUGUCCUAGAAUUUCCUGACGUCUUUUGGGAUGAUGCCAUCGAUUACUUUGGUGCCACUGCUGAAGAUAGAGAUCAGCGAGGUCGGUGUUUUAUGUUCUGGAAUAUCUCGAAAACAGUUGGUGCGCCUGUUCUUAUAGCUUUGGUUGUUGGUAAGGCUGCCAUAGAUGAUCAAAGUACAAGUUCUUCCGGUAAUGUUAGUCAUGCUUUACUUGUUCUUCGGAAACUAUUUGGAGAAGAUAAAGUCUCUGAUCCAGUUGCAGCAGUAGUGACUGACUGGGGCCGAGAUCCUUACAGCUAUGGUGCUUACUCAUAUGUUGCUGUUGGAUCAUCCGGGGAAGAUUAUGAUAUUCUGGGAAGACCGGUAGAGAACUGUUUGUUCUUUGCUGGUGAGGCCACGUGUAAGGAGCACCCAGACACUGUUGGUGGCGCAAUGAUGAGUGGUCUGCGAGAGGCUGUACGCAUUAUUGAUAUAAUGAAUACAGGAACUGAUCACAUUGCUGAAGUUGAGGCCAUGGAGGCUGCAAGAAGACAUUCAGACAUUGAGAUGAGUGAAGUAAAGGACAUUAUCAGGAGGCUUGAUGCUGUGGAGUUCUCUAGUGCUUUGUAUAGGAAGUCUUCGGAAGGGUCUCGAGUUUCUAGCUGGGGCUCGAUGCUGAAGGAUAUGUUCUUCACUGCGAAAACAACUGCCGGCAGAUUGCAUCUAGCAAAAGAGCUGUUAAGCAUUCCUGUUGGGUUUUUGAAAACGUUUGCUAGCACCAAAGAAGGGCUCAGCACCCUUAACACAUGGAUUCUGGAUUCCAUGGGGAAGGAUGGAACUCAACUUUUGCGCCAUUGUGUCCGUCUACUUGUACUUGUUUCAAAUGAUCUGGCUGCAGUCCGCUUAUCAGGUGUAGGAAAAACUGUGAAACAAAAGGUCUGUGUGCAUACCAGUCGCGAUAUACGUGCCAUAGCCUUUCAACUUGUGCGCGUGUGGGUUGAACUUUUCCGUAAGGAGAAGGCUGCUAAAGGAGGGCUUAAGUUGCUUAGACAGUCAAAUAGUCUGGAUUCGAAGAGCAAGUCUCCACUAGCUUCUGGCAAACCACGUCAUUCCAAUGCUUCUUCAACUGCUGGACAUCAGCUGCAGUCUAAUACAAGCGAUAGAAAAAUGGAUGACAGCCCCAUUAAAUUGGAAGCAAAAAUACUCCUGAACAUGGAAGAAGAUGGUCUUGAGGUUCCCAUGUCUGAAGAAGAAAAGGCUGCCUUUGCUGCUGCAGAAGCAGCUCGUGCUGCAGCCAUUGCUGCUGCCAGGGCAUUAGCUGCAUCUGGUGCCCGAAAUGCUUCACUACAGGCCCCCAAGAUUCUGUCAUUUCAUAAAUUCGCCAUGCGGGGGCAGAACACUCACAUGGACGAGCCCGACAGUAGAAAGCACUGGCCCGGUGCCUCAAUAGGAAGGCAAGAGUGCUUACCUGAAACAGAUUCCAGAAACUGUCGGGUGGUAGAUUGGUCUGCUGAUUUCUCUGCUGCCGGUGGCCACCUAGACACUUCCAGAAUCUCAGUCGAUAACUGCUCACAAAAGGCCCACUCAAAUUCGAUCUCUGCUAGUCGUCAGUCAAACUUCAGAGAACACUCUGGCGAAAAUAUCGCUGUAGAUAGCAGCUUUCUUACUAAAGCUUGGGUUGAUAGUGCCGGUAGUGAAGGGAUCAAAGACUACAGUGCAAUCGAGAGAUGGCAAUGCCAGGCAGCAGCUGCUGCUUCUUCAGGCUUCACUCAUGGUACGAUGCAAAUGAGGGAUGAGGAGGAGUCGAACGUGAGCUCAAGGAAGCAUGAGGCACGAGCGAACGAGAGGUCUACUAUUUCACAAGUUACGAUGAACAAAGUGUCGAAAGGUGGUCAACCAACAGGAUCUGACCGUCUCAAGAAGGCUGUUGUGGAUUAUGUGGCCUCAUUGCUCAUGCCUCUUUAUAACGCGAAGAAAGUUGAUAGGGAUGGUUACAAGUCAAUCAUGAAGAAAGCUGCCACCAAGGUCAUGGAGCAGACUACCGAUGCAGAGAAAGCAAUGGCUGUUCACGAGUUUCUUGAUUUCAAACGCAAAAAUAAGAUCCGAGCGUUUGUGGACGUGCUGAUUGAAAGACACAAGGCAGUGAAGCCAGAUGCCAAAGCAGGAUCUUCUGAGAAGGAUUAA